CAAAGACUACAGACCAAAUAAAAAGCUGUGACAAGAUGAAUCUUCAAAACUUUCAAACGAGUUAUCAAAAUUUCCAAUGAAUGUGUUGGGCCAAAAUUUUCGUUUUAUGUAGAUAUCCAAAUAGUACAGUAUUGUAGCGUCCAAUGGAAACUGAGACUGCGGCAGAUCCACCUCCUAAGUCCAAAAAACCCUACGAAGAAAUAAGUGCUGUUUUCAAUGGCAAUGAGGUAAAAAUACGGGUCCCUAAGAGUACAUCGAAGCCACCGAAGCUGACUCCUUCGCAGCUGAAACUCCAGCAGAGCUGUACUUGUGAUGAGUCAGGGUCGGUGUGCUCAGAAACUUGCGGCAUAGCAUGUGGCGAAGCGCAGUGCCCUGCCAAUAGACUGGACUUUCAGAUUCCGGACGACAUAUGCGAGUCACUGACACACAGAACAGCUCUGAACUCAGAGCUGGUCUACUCGAAGACCCAGGGUAACGAGACCAUGUGCAACGUAUGUAAUGUUACCCCGAAAGACGCCCCCAAAGGUGUGCAAGCGCAGAAGGUUCUUCACCCAGACAAAGACGUUUUCAUACUCAAAAUUGGGAAGCAAACUGAUGAACCGAAUAGGACUGGAAAUAUAGAGGUGGAGUUAGUGACCCCUCGAGCUCCUUCCAAAGCACUGCCAGCCACUCACAACUGCAUGCAGAUCCAAUGUGAAGAGGAAGACAUUCCCUGCUGUCUUCCCUGCAGAACUUGCCGAGCCAUCACCCCAAAGAAAAGAAAAAUUAAAAGGUCCAGAUGUUGCCCUUACUAACCCAACCAGUUCGAAGGUCAACAAACACCUUUACAAACUUUUUUAUCCAACUUUAUAUUUCAUACGAAACUAUAUCAAAAUAAUUCCAACUAAAAAGAAUCAAAUAUAUUAUAUUUAUCAGU